AGCCACAGUAGGUGUGUUAUUGUACUGAGACUGCCAAAUGCAGCACAGCCACGAGAAAACAGCCGUAUACAUCUAAUGAUUUACUUAUUGUGAUACAGGCCCUGCUCAUCCUUUUUCCAGCUGCUGAACCAAGCUGUGUAUUUGUCUGUGGUGCUAUACAGCAGCAGUGACAGCAGCCAAGCUGCAGGCGCCAUCUUGCCUGUGUCAAACUACAAAAAAAAAGGCUGCAUCCUUUUUCCAUGUCUCCUCAGCAGUUUCACCACCACCCUGCGACGCUGCUGGGCUGGACCGGACCGGACCGAGUGGACCGGGCCGGGCCGACGCAGCAGCACAGAAUAACGCAGUAACACGACACUGGCAUUUGUAAAGCACAUUUGUCGAAAAACGGACGGCGCAUUCACAACUCAGCUGAACUCGUGUUGCAUUUGUUUGAUUACGUUAAGUCGUUAAUGAGAUAAACUGGCAGGACACACAUACGACGUUAUGUUAGCCUGCAGCGGUUGCCAUGCCAAUCCGUGUCAUAUUCUGGAAACAGAGCUAGCUAAAGUUAGCCUUCUGGACCUUAUCAGCCAGGUGACUUGACUGCCCCAUGUAACUAGCGAUAAAAAUAUAACAGCGACUAGAUAUUAUUAUAGUAACCGUCUGUUACACAUGGGUAGAGAACCACGAGAAGAAGCAAAACAUGGCAGGGCCAAGCUGUCAAUCACUGACAUCUAACGAGCGCAACAUGAGGAUUUUGCUGGGACUGUGUAUGGUGCUAAUUGUCACAGGUGAUGAGGAGAUGACAAUCACAGGCACCUUAGAAGGCAGUGUCCUCCUGCCAUGCACCUGCCUGCAGAGAAAUCUGGACAAGGAGUUUCUGUGGCAGAUGGAAGAACCGAGCUGGAUUCUGGUGGUUAAACACGUCAAGAACACUUCAGACUUCCUUGGCGGAUACAGGGACAGGACCAAACUAUUUCUGCAUGAGAACAAUAACUGCUCUAUUCUACUGACCAACAUCACAGCGGGUGACCAGGGGAGAUACAGAUGCAAAUAUUACAAGAAAGAGACAUACAUGAAAGUCUUUGUAAAUCUAAACAUCUCUGCGAGCUACGACGUCUGUCAGAAUGAGUCAGCCGACAAUCUGCAUGUUGGCGUAAGUGGAAAGACUUUCCACUGCAGUGCAACUGGACGCUAUGGGGAGGCUGAGAUUCAGUGGAAGCUGGGUGAGCAGCUCCUUGAGAAUUCACCCUCUAUUGAUAUCACACACACAAACACACUGGACAAUCAGACCGGCCUCUACCAGUUCACCAGCAAACUCAUCACCAAACUCGACGGGAAACCUAAAUGUGAUGUAAAGGCCCAAGCACUACCAACUGUCAUCAGAGAUAACUGCUCCACAAUGACAGAACCCCACAUAGAUCCGGUAGAUCCAGUGAGAUACCGGUACCUAAAAAUGAUUCCCAUUAUUUUUGUGGUUGUGUUUUCCGUGGGUUUGUGGCGCCGUGGGAAUUCUCACAGAUACCAAAGAUAAAAGAAGUGGAGACGGACAACUUUUUAUGCCAAACACAAAAACUCCAAUGUGACAAUAUAGAUACUGUGAAGGCACUUCCCUAACGAAACAUGCACUAGUGAGGUGCACAGCCACAUAAGGAAUCUACAAUGGGCCAACGAAGGAGAGCUGUGGCUAACCCCUCAUCUCGGAGGGUCUCUGGAGCUCCCGCAGAGGUUGCCAGGGUCCCCAGCAGGAAGCACAACAUCUGCAUGGUGUCUGACUUCUUCUAUCCGAAUAUGGGAGGAGUGGAAAGUCACAUUUACCAGCUAUCCCAGUGCUUGAUUGAAAAGGGACACAAGGUGGUGAUUGUCACCCACGCCUAUGGCAGGAGGAAGGGUGUCAGGUACCUGACCAAUGGACUGAAGGUGUACUACCUCCCCCUGCAGGUGAUGUACAACCAGUCCACAGCUACCACCUGCUUCCACAGUCUCCCACUGCUGCGCUGCGUGUUCGUAAGGGAAUGCAUCACUGUGGUGCACGCACACAGCUCCUUCUCUGCCAUGGGCCAUGAUGCAUUGUUCCAUGCUAAGACCAUGGGCCUCAACACGGUGUUCACUGACCACUCACUCUUCGGCUUUGCUGAUGUGAGCUCUGUGCUUACCAACAAGCUUCUGACCGUGUCACUGUGUGACACAAACCACAUUGUGUGCGUGUCAUACACCAGUAAGGAAAACACGGUGCUCCGAGCAGCACUCGACCCAAAGAUAGUGUCUGUUAUUCCCAACGCUGUCGACCCUACUGAUUUCACCCCCGACCCCUCCCAGCGCCCAGAUGAUAGGAUCACUAUUGUUGUCAUCAGUCGUCUCGUCUACCGCAAAGGAAUUGAUCUGCUUGGUGGAAUAAUCCCAGAGCUCUGCCUCAAACAUCCAGAUCUGCAUUUCCUGAUCGGGGGAGAGGGGCCGAAGAGAAUUGUGUUGGAGGAAGUGAGAGAAAAAUACCAGCUACACGACAGGGUGCGUCUGCUGGGGGCUUUGGAGCAUAAAGAUGUUCGUGGAGUUCUGGUGCAAGGUCACAUCUUCCUCAACACAUCUCUGACCGAAGCCUUCUGCAUGGCCAUUGUGGAAGGAGCCAGCUGUGGCCUGCAGGUGGUUAGCACUUGUGUGGGGGGCAUUCCUGAGGUGUUACCCAACGAAUUGAUCACCCUGUGUGAGCCCACUGUGCGGUCGUUGUGUGCUGGUCUGGAGAAAGUCAUUGCCCAGCACCGCUCAGGGUCUGUCCCCUCCCCCGCCUCUGUCCAUGCUCGUGUGCGAAACCUAUACACCUGGAGAAACGUCGCAGAGAGGACUGAAAAGGUGUACGACCGAGUGUCUGGAGAGGAGGUGCUUCCCCUGGACAGACGGUUGCGGAGGCUGAGGGCUUACUGCGGCCCCGUCGCCGGCACCCUCUUCGCCCUUUUUGCUGUUUUAGACUUCCUGCUCCUGCUUUUUCUGCAGUGGUUAGUGCCAGACCGGGUCAUGGACGUUGCUGUGGACGCCACCGGCCCUCAUGGACUGUGGAGGCCGAGGCCGAGCAGUGAAGUCAGUGCCACGAAGCGAGCAGCCAAACAGGAUUCUUCAUCAUAACGACGACACCUCAGCCUCGCUUCAAGCUGCUCACAAGGUGUUAUGAGAUGUGACAACUGACUUCAUGCUGAAUGUGUUCAUGGAAACUCUGAACAUUGUUUACAUUACUUGACUAAAGGGACCUUGUGUGAGCCAUUUUUUCCCAAGACUUAGAAGCAGAGGUUUUAUACAUAGAGAUUAAAAUGGAAAUGUUUGGCACUUGUUGCAUAUUUAAAAGCUACUUUUUGAUUUGUUAAAAAGUCUAUAGUUUGCACUUAACAGUGGGAGGAUAGGGGCUGGUUAACUUCAUGCUUACUUGCAGAAUCAAUGGCAGUAACCUGUUUUCAGCUUGAAGAAUUACAUACCUCACAUAGAACAGCGGUUUUCUUGGUAAAAUUUAAAGCUAAAUAUCAGUGCAGAUCGUUCUUUUUGUUGCCACUAUUUUGUUAAAUAAUUUCAGAUUUGCCAUAUUUAUAUUAAAACAGGGAGUUUUUUCAGAUGCUGAAAAAUAAAACCUCCUUUUUAAUAUUUCA